GGGCGGUGUACUGGAUCAAGUUUUGUGUAUCUGCAUUUGGUUGCCAAUGCAAUCAUUGACGCCUCUUUCAGUGUCUCUCAACACAUCGUGAGGAUGGCGCGUUACGGCGCUCUGCUCGCUUUACUGCUGUACCUUCGCAUACUCUCCUACGUUUGGAGCGACUGUCCACCUGACCGUGAGCAGCAAGAACAUGACGAGUUAAAAUUACACACCGAUUUAUUAUGUGCAUACAAAAGUGACAUGCGACCUGUGAAAGACCACAAAACUGCCGUGCUCGUCAAAGUGCGUUUGGCGUUGAAAUAUUUAUCCUUUGAUUCUUUAGAGGAAAUGGUCACAGUGCACAGUUGGGUAGCGCUAAAUUGGAACGAUCCGUUUCUAACUUGGAAGCCCAGUGAAUACGGUGAUAUAAACGAAAUCCAAAUCGAGAGUCACGAAAUAUGGACCCCAGGUUUGGCCCUGUUCAACGCAGACGCUACGGGGUAUUUAAGUGACUCGAUUUACACCACCUGCCUGGUCACUAGCACGGGAAAGGUAACUUGCGUGCCGCACCUCGCUCACACCGGAAUUUGUCGAACGUCACUAAGCAGAUGGCCGUAUGAUGUGCAAAAUUGUACGCUCUAUUUCGGUUCAUGGAUGCACACCGGAGAACAGAUAAAUUUUACGUUUUACAACGUAAGGCCGGUAGUGCUCGAGGAUUUUCAAAACGGCGCCGGUUGGAAACUUUUGAACGUCGCUAAUGAGCGUUUACCGGGAAAGUACAACAUAAACAGCACGUAUCCUAUGCUUAAAUACACGUUCAUGUUGCGUAGAGAAGCAGCUGGCCUUGCAGCUAUUGUUGUCGCGCCAUCGAUUGUUUUGGUACUGGUGACGCUAGCCGCUCUAUUGCUAGACGUUAAGGAUAACACGAGAUUAAUUCUCCUGUGUUUCAGUUUGUUCGGUCAUUUUACCAUGUUAAGUGAAAUAGGUUACGUGGUACCAAAACUGAGUGCAGAUACGCCGAUUAUUCUGCUGUUUGUGAGAGAUUCCCUGGUUAUCACCCUUACCGCUAUAUUAGUGACUAUGGUUCUGACGUCUUUACGAAAGCAAGUGUUGCCGGCACCGGCUUGGAUCAUGUCGCUCAAUAGACUAGUUAGUAUCGGACCAGGAAAAUAUAUUAUAUUUACAGAGUUCGAUCCGAGCGAUGCCACAGAAAGCAAGAUAGUGUCCGAAGAUUCGAGAUCCGAGGAGCAAAAUUCGCGUACAACCUCCGACUGGAUAAAAUUUGCUACCGUUCUGAAUAAUCUAACGUUUGUCGUAUCGCUCUUCGUUUAUUUGAUUUUAAUUUGCAUAUACAUACCCAGUGAUAAAAAGUAGUGCGUAUCGAACCGGGUCGGGAAAAACGAAAACCUAAGUUUCUGAAACUCCAGACCUAAUUGUAGUUUAAUUCGGCCUGACGCAGCAAAAAAAAAAGCUCUAUAAGAAUUAAGACUCAUUUCAAUGUUAUGUAUGUAUUGUUUUGUAAAAAAUGUUAUGUAAUAAUGUGCAAAAAUUACUUUAAUAAAGUAGAGCCCCUAAGAUGGGGUGUAAGAACUGUU